AUGGGGGAAACGAAGACACAAGGGACUUCACUUCAUAGCAAGAAAGCACAUUCAACUUCGAGUUCGAGUUCUAGUUCUAGUUCAAGUUUGUCAUCUCAGAAAAAGAGAACACAUGCAAUCUCAGUAGGAGGCCGAGCCAAUGAAGUGGUAGAUGCAAAGGGCCUUACUUCAUUGCUUUCUCCAAAGGGAAAGGAACAAGUUCCAAGUGGAACUCUUAACUUGAAAGAAAGUGAAGAAAUGUCAUUGAAAUAUAAUGCAUCCUCAGGCCACACAGAGGUUGUCGAAGUAGCCAAAGAACAAGAAGUCAUAUCUUUUGAUGAAGGACCUACAAAGGUAGAAAAUAAAUUAAUUGGCAUGAAGAAAAAUGUUCACAUCUACCAUGAGUUAGAGAGUGGUUAUUCUGUUGAAGAAUGGAGUGCAAGGGAUCAGAGUUUAAAAGAAAUGCAUGAAAGAAUGAAAUCUCUUCAACUGUAUUUAGAAAAGCUAGACACAGAGAUCAAAUUUUCAGAGAUUGAGAAAUCUAAACUGCAAAAGGAAUUUGCAUUUAUGAAGGAAAAAUUGGUGGAAAGGACCAGAUUCUCCAUUGACCUUGAACUGAAGCAGAAGUACCUCAAUGAAAAGCUUGAAUAUGCCGAACAGCAGAUAAAAGAAUAUGAGCAGAUGUAUUAUUCCCAGAGUGAGGUCCUCCAAUCAGCUCUUAACUCACAAGAUGCAUUUCAGUGUGAGUUAUUGGAUGCAAAAGAAGCAGCAAAAAGGUUAACUGUUGAGCUAGAAUUUUCAAGGAGGAAGACGGAAGAAUUGGAGGAAGAAAUGGCAUGCUUGAGGGGAGAGGCUCAGAAGGCUUUGGAGUUGCAGAGCUUGCUGGAAAAGACCAACUUAGAUGCCAGAAAGAUGGAACAUAAAGUUGUUUCACUUGAAGAGCAACUAAGUGAGCUAUACAAACAAAUUGAUGAGCACAAACAAGAAGAAUGCACCGUUGAGAAUGCACUGUCAGAGCUUUCUGUAGUAAGAGCCGAGCUCAACCUUUCAAAAAUGCAUGAAGCAGAUUUGGAGCAAAAGAUUGCCUCCAGCGAAAGAGUUCUUGUCGAGGUAAAAGAGCAAUUACAUUUGAGGAUAGCAUCGGAGGAGAGAUUGAAGCAAGAAGUCUUUGAGUUGAAGAAGUCAUUUGCCAAAUGUCAAGAAGAGCAUCAGUCCAAAGUAAUUGAAUUCGAGGAGCUAGACUGGAAAUUAAUGGAAGAGGUGAAGAAGACAAUCUUGCUGGAGAGUAACCUAAAGAGACAAGAAGCAAGGAACUUAACCAUUGAAGAGGAGAUGUCUACUAUGUCAAAAAUGAAGGCAGAUGCAGAGGCCACCAUCUCUACACUUAAUACUCAACUGCAUCACAUGCAAAAACUAGUCAUUGAUCUUGAAAACAAACUGAAAGUAUCUGCCUGUAAAUCAGUUGAGUCAAACUCCCACUUGGAAGAAGCUAUGUCACGUUGUGAUGAAUUGGAGCUCAAACUGAACUCUCUUCAAGAGCUCUAUGGUGAAUCUGAACUUCGAGCCUCAAUAGCUACAAAGUUAAACCUUGAAUAUCAAAGCAUAGUUCAAGUCUCUAAUUCAGCCAAAGAGGCAGCAGAAUUGAAGCUUAGGAUAACAGACACAGAAUUGGUUCACUUGAGGCAAAAGAACAUGGAGCUUGAAGAACAGAUAAAUGAUAGCAUAGCAAGAAGUGCUGAGGUGGAUAAAGUAGUAUUCGAGCUCAAAGAGAGAACGUUUGAGCUGUCUAAGAUGCUAGAGAAGGUCGAAGAAGAAAACAAGGUUCUAAAAAAUCAAAUAACAGAGCAUAGAGACAAGAUAGUCUAUUUGGAGUCUUCUCUAAAACAAUCUUCUCUACGAAACUGUGAGCUGGAGGAAGAGAUGAAAGUUGUGACAGAAAGAUGUCUGGAGCAGGAGAAUCAGGCCCUCGCUAUUCAUAAAAAAUAUCUUGAGCUUCAAUACUUGAUUAAGAUAUCAAAUGCCAAAGCUGAGGAUGCAGGAAAAAGGAAUAGGGAGCUUGAACUAUUGUUAAGGAACUCAGAAGAGAAACAAAUUGAGCUUGAAAAGCAAUGUAGAACCAUGGAAACAAAGUAUAUGGAGGUGAAAACUGAAUCAGAAAAAUACUUCAGCAAGGUCUCUGAAGUUUCUGCAGAGCUAGAGAUUUCUUUAGCAAAAAUAUCCAAAUUGGAGGUUUCUCUGCAAAAUACAGAAGAAAAAGAGUUGGAGUCAACAGAAAGCAUAAGAGAGCUCUGGGAAGAAAAGAACAAGCUUUUGAAGGAGAUUAGUCAUCUUGAAUUAACUUUGGAUCAGUCAACACUGAAAAUCAAGGAACUGGAAAGCGACUUGAUAGUUUCCACAGAGAAAUGUGUAGAACAUGAGGGUCGUGCCAAUGUUAUUCAUCAAAGAUGCCUUGAGCUUGAAGAGUUGAUUUGUAUCUCAAAUACCAAAGCUGAGACUGCAGAAACGAAGGUGGCUGAGAUGGAGAUAGUGAUGAAGAGUUCAAAUAUGAAGGUGCAUGAGCUUGAGGAGUGCAUAAGGUCCGUAGAAACAAAGUUGCUCAUUUCUAAACAAGAGUGUGAAAGAUAUGAAUCCAAAGUUUUUAAAAUUUCACAUGAUCUAGAAGUUUCUCUAGCGAAAGUGUCAUGCAUGGAGCUUGCACAACAUGACCUUAAGAAGGAGAAGACUGAGUUGAAGGAACAAUUUACCCUGAUCACUGUAGAGAAGGAAAAUUUUGAAAAGAAAGUGAAACAUUUGGAAAUAGAACUGAAAAAGUCUACCUUCAUGAACGACCAGCUAGAAGAGGAGCUGAAAGUGAUUACAGAAAAAUGCACUAGUUAUGAGUGCCAUGCAAAUAGAAGCCAUGAGAAAUGCCUUGAGCUUGAAGGCCUCAUUAGAAUAGCAAACUGCAAGGCAGAGGAAGCUGAAGCAAAAUAUGAAAAGUAUGCAUCAAAAGUUAUCAAACUUUCAAAGGAGCUUGAAAUUUCCAUUGCAAGAGUGUCAAGUUUGGAGUUUGAAUUGCAUGAAGCAAGCACAAAAGAGACUCUAUUGAGAGAACAAAUAGCUAUCAUCAUGGAAGAGAAGCUGAAACUUGAAGAAAAAUUCAUGCAACUGGAAUGUGAAAUACAACAGUCAUGUUCAAGGAAGUUGGAGAUAGAACAUGAACUGAAAGUUGUCAAAAAGAAACUAACUGACCAUGAAGAACUUGCCAACAAGAACCAACAGAGGUGCUUGGAGCUUGAAUACCAAAUCAAAAUAUCUGAUUCAAAAGCAAAGGAGGAGGGAAGAAAAGUAGUAGAUCUUGAACUACUAUUGAAGGCUAUAGAGCAAAAGAAAAUUGAUCUUGAAGAGGACUACAGGUGCAUGAAAACGAAAUACAUGGAAUUGGAAAUCGAAUGCAAGCAAUAUACCACCAAGUUAUCUGAAGUUUCUGUGGAACUAGAGGCUUCUUCAGCAAAAAUUCUUAGUCUAGAAGUUUCUCUGGAAAGUGCAAAACAAAAGGAGGUGAAAUUUAUGGAAAGCAGAAGAGAGCUAAUGGAAGAAAGAAGUAAGUUUUCUGAGAAGGUUACCCAAUUUGAAUUAGCUUUACGUGAAUCAAGUGUCAAAAUUAAGGAGUUAGAAAAAAGUCUAGUAAUUGCUUCAGAGAAAUGUGUAGAAUAUGAGGGUCGUAUCAAUGUGUCUCAGCAGCGCUGCCUUGAGCUUGAAAAGCUCAUGAUAAUCUCACACUCCAAAGUAGAGAAUGCCGAAAAAUCUGUGGUUGAAUUGGAAAUACUGCUCAAGAGCUCGAAAGAGAAGGAACAUGAGCUUGAAGAAUGUACAAGGUCUACUGAGGUGAAGCUGCUGAAUGCAAAGGAAGAAUGUGAAAUAUAUUCCUCCAAAGUAUCCACACUUUCACAAGAUCUGCAAGUUUCAUUAGCAAAAGUCUCAAGUUUGGAGCGUGCAUGGCAUGACUCAGAAAGAAAAGAAAUCAUGUUGAAGGAACAUUUGUCUCUCGCCAGGGAAGAGCAGAAAAAUCUCAAGAGUAAAAUCAAGCAAGUGGAAUCUUAUCUCAACCAGUCGACAUUCAGGAACUUAGAGCUGGAACAAGAACUCAAGGUGGUUACAGAAAAAUGUACCAAGUCUGAGACUUGUGCCAACAUAAGUGAUCAAAGAUGCCUUGAGCUUGAAGGCCUAAUCGAGAUAGCAACUUCAAAAGCAAAGCAUGAAGAAGCAAAGUUUGAAAGAUAUAUUGUUGAAACUUCAAAACUUUCUGAAGAACUAAAAGUUUCUCUAGAAAAAUUAUCAAGUGUUGAACUUGCAUUGUGUGAAGCAAACACAAAAGAGACCAUGUUGAGGGAACAUUUGAGUAUCAUCCUGGCAGAGCAGGAGAAAUUUAAGGGCAGAAUCAGUCAACUGGAGUUUGAUCUAGAACAGUCCCUCUCGAUUAAAUCAGAGCUACAACAAGAACUAAAAGUUCUUGGAAUGAAAUGUAUUGAAAUGGAGGCUAAAAUUGAGGCGAGCCACCAGAGGUGUGUGGAGCUUGAACUUCAAAUCCAAAUUUCUGAUACAAAAGCAAAGAGUGAAGCAAGAAAGGUAGUUGAGAUUGAACUACUAUUAGAGAACUCAAAGCAGGAACAAUGUGAGCUUCACAAGCAAUGCAGAUCCAUGGAAACAAAAUACAUGGAGAUGAGAAAUGAAUCAAAAGAAAAUCACAGUAAGUUAUCUGAAGUUUCUAUAGAACUAGAGGUUUCCCUAGAAAAAAUAUUUAAUUUAGAAGUUUCUCUACAAAGUGCAAAAACAAAGGAGAUGGAAUACACGGAAUGUGUCAAACAGCUUGUGGAGGAAAAGAAGAAAGUUUCAAAUGAGAUUAUCCAUAUUGAAUCAACUUUAUAUCAGUCGAAAGUGAAAAUUAAGGAGUUGGAGAGUGAGCUGGCAGCGGCUUUGGAGAAACGUGUGGAACAUGAGAGCCGUGCCAAUAUAAGUCAACAUAAAUGCCUUGAGCUUGAAAGCUUGAUUCAAACUUCACGCUCUAAAACAGAGAUUGCAGAAAAGAGGGUGGUUGAACUAGAAAUACUUUUGAAGAAUUCAAGACUUAAGAAGCAUGAGCUUGAGCAACAUAUAAGGUUGAUUGAAUCAAAAUUCAUGGAUGCAAAAAAGGAACGUGAAACUUAUGCCUUUAAAGUUUCCAAACUAUCACAAGAAUUAGAAAUUACUCUAGCAAAAGUGUCCAGAUUGGAGAUGUCACGCCAUGAGUCGGACAAAAAGGAGGGCAAGUUGAAGGAAAAUUUGGCUCUUAUUAUGGCAGAGCAAGAAAGGUUUGAGAAGAAAAUCAAGCAGUUGGAAUGUAAUUUGAGCCAGUCAACGUCAAGGAACUUGGAGCUAGAACAGGAGCUGAAAGCACUUAUAGAAAAAUGUACUGACUAUGAGUUCCGUUCUGAGAAAAAGCUGCAGAGAAAGUUUGAACUUGAGGGUCUAAUCCAAAAUGCAAGCUUCAAAAUAGAAGGUGUAAAAGAAAAGUAUGAAGAAGAUGAUUCCAAAGUUGCUGAACUUUCACAGGGCCUAGAAGUUUCUAGAGCUGAAGCAAACAUGAAAGUUACUCAGGAAUUAGCUGAAAGACAUAGCCAUAUGCCACACAACAGUGGUACAAUGGAGCAACACAUUCAUGCCUUCACGAUGACAAUUGAUGAGUCAACAGGAGGACAUGAAAUGGACGGUCAGAACUUCCAUUCUCAGAUAUCUGUGGAGGAUCCAGUAACCUCGUUCAAGGAACAGGAAAACGAAGGAACAGAGAAAAGCUCUGGAGAGUUGGAUAUAGAAAAGCCAUCAUCAUCGAGAAGAAAGAGAGAAGCAAGAAGGAAGCAUUGGCUACUCAGACAGUUGACAGGGAAGAAAGUCUAGAUUAUAUUGUAUAGUAUAUGGUUCUCAAGAUUGCAUCUUUAUUGGUUGGAGAACAGUUGUUUGUAAGAAUGUCUUAUUGGAAUUUGGUUUUCGAUUGUUCAGUUUUUAAAGAUGUGUGAUCCCGUGAAACAAGACAGGAAUUUUAUUUGUCAGUUUUAAUAUUGUGAGUUCUGAACAUCCAUUUGAAGCUUGAACACUUAUCAUGUGUUACUGUCAU